UCCAUCCUUGCGCAAUUCUCACCGCUUGGUAAAUCACGGUAAGUGCAGAUCGUUGGCCAUGUUGGUCUUCCUCCUGCUCGGCUUCGUCCAACCCUCGCUGCAGAUCCUGCCAACAUCCGAGCAGAAGCCUAUUCUGCUGGGGUGCUUCACCCACGAGGAGUUCCAGAUACUGGCUACCGGCACACGUAUCGAACGCACGCUCUGGGAGGAGGAUAUCUAUGACGCCGCACUGAGGAAAAGCGUGAAGGAGGAGAAGAAUGUCUUCGCAGUUGCCAUGUUCGAGCGCGGCGACGGCUUCAUCGCCACGGCGUCCAGCUUCGCCUUCUUAGCGGAGAAGCCCUCCUGCACUGAGUACUCCACAUGCCCAGGAGGCGAACGCUGCGGCUGCGCCAACAGCUGGUCUGGUCAGAAUCCCAAGUGCUACACGGACACGUGGCAGGAAAACUACCGCUGGGCGAUUUACUCUCGCAGGAAUUCUUCCCUUGCAGUCUCAAGCCGUCGAACAACUACGAACGGCUGCUUGUGCGAGUCACGGAGCACAUGCAACGGGGAAGCUUGCUGCAAUGAGGACCAGGACCCCAACGGUGACUGGUGCUUCGUGGUCUCGGAGAGCUGCGAAGGCCGCAGCUUCGGCUACUGCGCUCCGGCGGAGUCGGAGGCCUUGGCCUUUCUGGUCGAAGCCAGCGGAGGGGAUUGCACGGCUUCGAUCUUGGCCGGCACUCCAGCUGAGCGCACGUUCACCAAGCGAGGCAUCUCAAAAGCUGGGGCGCCCUACUUCACAAACACUCCGGGAGAUUUGGUGAUGUACUACGAGCCGGAUUGCACGCAAAACGGCUCUGUGCCGGCGUUGUGGAUUGUUCACGCCGGCAACAUCUCACAGUUUGACAUGCAGCGAGUCAAUGACCUGGCCCAAGAUGGAAGUAGAUGCGCUGGUGAAGCCUAUGUUGAGGCCAGUUCUUGGAAGGGCCCACCGCCCUCGUCGUACUGGACUCUCAGCUGCCCGGACUUCUCCUCCACUUUUCUCCGCCUGGCGGCCAUCCCUGCCUCACUGAACUUGUCAGGGGUAGAUUGUGGCAAUGGCACGACCUUCAACGAGAACCUGAAUGGCAGGUGGGAAUUGGCGGGGAUGUCCGCCAACAACGACCCCAUCUACAACCAGUCAGGGGCUGCACGCUAUUUGUACUACGACCCGAAGUGUGACAACAACAACGCUUUAGGAAUGUGGAUUCUUACUGGCCAAGAGCCUUCCUUCAGCAGACUCAUGGAUCUGGAUGGCGACGGGGAAUGCCGCUUCUAUGCUUACUGCAUGACAGAGAGCUCUCAACCCCCAGCAUCGUGCAACUGGAAAAUGGCCUGUGGCACGGGUUGGACGGAUAUGAGCCUCAGCAUUUCGCCCGACACGACAUCAGCCUCCCCUGCUGCUACCACUGGCAGCCCAGACCCGGUGGUACAGGCCUGUGAUCUGCGCUUCGCCCGCGAGGAGGCCGGGCAGUGCCUUUGUCAGCCGGGCUUCCGUGAAGCGGAGGCUGUCCGAAAGACGAAGCAAGGAUACCAGGGCAGCUGCGAGCUGGCGGAGGGAGCCUGCUUUCAUGAGCUCACCCGGUCCGAGGGGUCCGAAUGCUCGGCCAGCUAUGAUGCCACCAUCAGCGACUUGUCCGACAUCGACUUUUGCGCAGGCAUUGCUGCCGGAGCUUCAAUCGCUGCGUCUUUAUCUGCGGAAGUGUGCGCUCCCUCUCAAGGCGCAGGCCCCAACAAGACCGUGAGCUUCAUCAUCCCCAGUUCGGAUGGAGCGACGCUCGUUGGUUGCGCACUUGGCCGCCAAGCAAUGGUUGCGGUGGGUUACAAGAACGUCGCCGUGCCGUUGCUUUCCUACUCGAAGGUGAGUUAUGCCAUGUUCACCGCUGGGUGCCCCAACGUCACUUGCUCAGCAUCACCAGCUGAGGCUGCCCGCGCCUGGCGCGCCGGCGUACCGCCCUGCGACCUGGAGAACUGCGGCUCUGCGGUGAGCCGCGCCGGCGGCGCCGGCUCAGCGGGCGCGCUGGCGAUGGCGAUGGCUUUCGGCGGUUGGGCGGUUCGGUUCUGAUCAUCUCCACCGUUCCAUUGAAGCAUCUUUAAGAGACGUGGCGGCUUUGAGGGCUUGCCCCGGCUUUACAGCACGCACCCAGUGCAUUCUGAAUAUUCUUCACAACUUGUCCCGCGGCGCGUAGUUGGGCACCCAAAGCUGACAACCAAAGAGUUGUAACGGUGCAACUUCGUGCCCUGGCCAAUGUCAGCCUUGUGCUCACACGCGGCACAUGUCUCCGCAAGUGCUUGCCAUUUAACUUCCGAGGAAGCGGCAGGUUUAGGCAAGACACGCUACCUGAAAGCCAUCUGAGUCCCAACUGAAGUUUACCCUACAAGAGUGUUGUCCGAAGCCAUGAUAAGCUGAAACCAUCGAAUGAAAAAAGAUGG